CAAUUUUACUUUUCUUGCCGACCGUACGCAAUAUGUCUUAAUUUUACAGACCCUUGAAAUUACAGUUAUUUUUGAACAAAUAUGGCUGAAGCUCGUCUCGCCGUAUCAAAAAUUAAAGUUGAUUAUCAUGCUGUAGGAACCAGUAAAAGUGAAGCAGAAACUGAGUUUUUUACGUCUUUUUACAAGUCGACAAAGCAGUGUUUUCGUCGCACAAGAUCACAAAUUUUGAACGGCCUAUGGCCAACAACUCCUAGUAAUCUUCUUCUGACAUGGGCGGUUGUGGGAUUCUUGAUGUAUUUGGAAAAUAUUUAUUUAAAACCAAUCACAAGCAGGCUGUUUCUUAUUGGGAAUUUUCUUCACAUUAAUCAUUAUCAUUUAUAUCUUCGGAUUUUGGCCAUCUCGUUUAUAACGGCUGCUGGAUUCUUUAUCGUUCUUCUUUAUGCAAGGCAAUGGUCUUUGAGAAUACUGCUGUCAUACAGAGGAUGGAUGUAUGAGAAUCCUCGUAGCCAAAGUUACAAGACAUUAAUAUGGGGUUUGUUUGUUACCAUUGGUGGUGCCCAUCCUCGAUUGUACAGUUAUCAAAACAGCUCACGCAUGCCUGUGCCAAAUUUGCAUGGCACAUGUCAGGGAUACCUCAAGUCAGUCAAACAUAUACUUCAGGACAAUGAGUAUGAAGAGAUGAAGAAACUGGCUGUGAAUUUCGAGUCCAAUCUUGGUCCAAAGUUGCAGUUUAUACUUCAACUACGAUCAUGGUUCAAGUCAAAUUAUUACACGGACUGGUGGGAGAAAUAUGUUUAUCUAAUGAGCCGUGACUCAAUUGCCAUCAACAGUAACUAUUAUUGCAUUGAUCAUGCGUUUUGGAAGCCAACAGGAGUUCAAACAGCAAGAGCUGCUGUAUUUACAGCUCUUCUUUACGAGUACUACUGUCAUAUUGAAAAUGAGGAAUUGGAACCUUUGAGCAUAAGGAAGACCAUACCUCUAUGUAUGGAUCAAUACAAGAGAACAUUUAAGACGAGUAGAAUCCCGGGAAAAGAAGUUGAUGUUAUUGCUCAUUAUCAUCAUUCCUUUAAUGAGCACAUCGUCGUGUUCUGUAAUGGUAAUAUGUAUCAAGUGGACGUAUCAGAUGACCACGGAACGCCUGCCUCAUUAUUGGAUCUUGAAAAGCAAUAUGAAUGGAUCAAGCAUGAUGCAUACCAGUCUAAAACUACUAAAGAGCAACCUGUUGGAUGUAUACCAGCAUUGACAAGUCUACCACGUACAGAAUGGUACAAUAUUCGACAAGAACAUUUCUCAGAUGGUAUCAAUAAGGAUUCUUUGGAUAUUAUUGAUCACGCUUUAUUUAUUGUUGUGUUGGAUGAACAUGAAAUACCUGACAUCAGCGAGCGUUCCAAAUACCUUCUUCACGGUGAUGGAAAAUCGUUUUGGUUCGAUAAAAGUUUCUCAGUUGUUGUAUUUGCGGACGGUAAACUUGGUAUGAAUGCAGAACACUCGUGGGCUGAUGCUCCUGUCAUAGGACAUUUACUGGAGUACACGAUCACUGAAGAGUUCUUAUACCGUACAUACAACGAUAAAGGUAGAUGCAAGCCGUUCGGUAAAGUCCACAAUUCCAAUGGCCAAUCAACACAUCCUAUGAAGUUGUACUUUGAUGUGACGCAGAAACUUGCAUCCCAUAUUGAAAAUGCUGUCACACGAGCGAAGAAGAAUAACGAUGAUCUACAGUUGAAGCUUUUGAGUAUGGAUGAUGUUGGUAAAGGUUUCAUAAAAAAAUGUAAAAUGAGUCCUGAUGCUUUCAUUCAAGCAGCUUUACAACUUGCUUACUAUCGCGAUAGUGGCGGUGUUCUUCCGCUUACGUAUGAAGCUUCCAUGACAAGAUUAUAUUUGCAUGGACGGACGGAAACUGUACGAUCGUUAACCGACGAGUCACGAGCUUUUGUUUUAGCUAUGGAAGACCCAGAUGUUCCACCUGAACAGAAAAUAUGUCUUCUUCGUGAAUCUGUGAAACGCCAUCAGGUGUUGUAUAAAGACUGCAUGAAUGGAAAAGGAAUUGAUCGUCAUUUGUUUUCACUCUAUGUGGUAGCCAAAGGACAGGGUCAUGAAUGUGAAUUUCUUAAGCGUGCGCUAACUUUACCUUGGACACUAUCAACAAGUCAACAACCACAACAGCAAAUGUUCAGACUUCCUGGUUACACUGUGAAUGAUCCUGCUUUUCGAGACAUGAUUUGCCCAGGUGGUGGAUUUGGUCCUGUGGUGGAUGAUGGUUAUGGUGUGUCUUACAUGGUUCCUGAUGACAAUUAUUUCUUUUUCCACAUUUCUUCCAAAAGAUCAUCAUCGAAAACUGAUUCAGAGAGGUUCAUGGAUCAUGUAGUGAAAAGUCUCCAUGACAUGAAGGCAAUGUUUCUUGAAGUGGAAGGAAAAGGAAAAGGAGCCAAGAAAAAAGACCAAUGAAUGUUGCACGGUAACAUGGUUUCAAUCAUGAAAUCAUAUUUAUGUUCUUAGUACUUGACCUUUGGAAUGAUUAGGUUAUUAAAGUUAAAUAAAGGUAAUUUUGUAAAAUUUCAAGGUGUGUUAUUUUUAUAUGUAAAUGCGUUUUUUUACACAGAUGUUAAUGUUGUACCAUUUUAGUUAUGCUGUGUAACUAUUUAACAUGUUCAGGAAAAAUUGUAUUUUAUGAUCUGUACAUUCAAACUUUUUCAGCAUUUUUAUCUCAUUUGUACAGUAAUGAGGAUGUAAUAAAUAUUUAUUACUCAAA